AGGAAUGGGGCAGGAGAGAGGAGAGAGUUUUGUGCUUUAUUUUGCCAGCGGGGGCCCACACAGGCUUCCACAUCAGCAGUAAAGGGGACUAAAGUAGUGGACAGGCUCGACAGACUUUUGCUUGAUUUAUUAGAAGAUCUCCCUGUUCAGCAACAGCCAAAGGGAGGACAAGACAGAGAGAAGGAGGAGGGGAAAGAUAAGUGUCAAUCUGUUGAAACUUGUUUGGGAAUUUGAAGAAGGAGGGGAGGUGGGGCGAGACAGAGAGAGAGAGGCAGCAAGAGAGAAAAACAAGGAGAGCUCAAGCGUAAACAUUAAGUUUUUCACAAGAGCUAAAGAAUUGAGAGGAAAGGGCAGCUUUGAUUGAUUUGAAAAUGGAGGACAUUCGCGUUGUGAGCUAGACAAUGUGAAAACAGGGAAUUAAUUAUUGUGUGUUGUGCAAUCCUAUGCUUUUGAGCUGAGCUGGACCCAGGGGGAGUCUACAGAACUCCCCAGGAUACAACAUUCAGGUUCUCCAAAUUAUGAUACAAUGGUGACCAAAAGGCCCAGCUGCACCCCCUUUGACACUUUAUCUAACAUAAACACAUCUGACUGCAAGCUUCAGCCAGGUGGAAAAAUCUCCCGGGAUCCAAGUCCCAGGCCAGCAAUGACUGCCCAGUCGGAGCGAGAGAGAGACUGGAGGAGGGAGAGAGAAACGGAGAAAACGAGGGACAAAGCAAGAUACAAAGAUAUGGACCCACGGGAGAGAUAUUAUGACAAAAGAGACCGAGUGCCUGCACCCCGGCCGAGAGAGGGAGAAAGAGAGUGGAGGGAGAGAGAAAGGAGGCAGGGAGAUGACAGAAGCUGGAACGGGAGGCCGCUGUCGACUCUAGAGAGGGAGACUUUGAGAGAGCUAGAAAGGGGGACGAAGAAAGGCGACACAUUUCCCAGAGUGAGAAAACGAAGCGCAGAUCGUGGUAAAGGAAUGCCGUCUACCGCCGAGGUGGAUGAUGAGAGAGGAGAAAGAAGGCAGCGAGAUGGGCCGAAAAGAGUAGAGCCAGAUGACUGGGAGAGAGAAAGAGAGAGGGCAAGGCAGAGAGAGAGGUACAGAGAGAGGGAAAGAGGUGAGAUGAGAAGCAGGGGAAAGGAAGAAGGAAAGUACCCUGUAGGAAGACCUGUAGAAGAUGAGCAAUCACGAAAGAGGGAAAGAUAUCCGGAGCCAGGUGUUGGUUUUCGAGACAGGAUGAGAGAAAGGGGGGAGUCAUGGGACAGAAGAGAGAGAGAUGCAGGUAGAAAGAGAGAAAAGCCAAGGCCAAACAUGGGAGAGAGGGAGGCCAGGAUGCCUUCUCCACGCAAUCCUAGAGACAGGGAAAAGGCUCAAAGCAGAGAGGGAAGGAGGGACACCAGGAGUGAAGGAGACAGUGACGAGAGAGAACAGAAGAGGGAGAGAGUGAGAGACAAAGAGAAGCAGGAGUUGACAUAUCAACACAGCAGAAGUGAGGGGGACGAUACUGGCAAAACACAGAGGGAGAGAGACGGAGAUCGGCGAGGAAACAGGGAAGAGGACAGGCAGAGAUAUAAAGGUAGGGACGGAGAAGUGGAUCGAUCCAGGAAAAAGGGAAGGGAGGAAGAUGGGGUGAGAUACAGAGAGGUUGAUCGGCGAGCUGUAAGGGAGGGAGACAGAAGGAAGGAAAAUGUGACAGAUUUGAAAUAUGACAGGAGAGAGGGAGACAGAUACAAACAGUACGAGCAGAGGACAGGCAGGAAAGUGAAGGAAAGAGAGGUUGAUCUAAGGUGGGAUGGUAAGAAAGAGGCUAGAAGCAUAUGCCAAAAUGAGACGGCUCCUAAGGCCCCGCCACGAGUCCAGAGCAGCGAAGAGUGGAGCAGCGACAUGGAGAGUGAGAUGAGACACAGAAGAGGCCGAGACAGUUAUGAAGAGAGGGAGUCAGGGAGAGAGAGCACUGCUGAAAGUGACAGAGACGUAGAAAAACUGAGAAAUCCGUCUGCUGAAAGAAGACAAAAGGAGAACAAAAGAAGCGAGAGGCAAGAGAGAGACAGGAGAGAGAUGACAGAGCAGAGAAGGAUGUGGUUAGAGCCACAGAGGGGCAAGAAUAGUAAAGAGUUUGUCGACAGAGAGAGACACACAAGGGGGAGAGAGGGGAGGAGCAAAGACGAGAGGAGCAUGGAGUCACAGGCUGAGUGGGAAAGAGAGGGGCGGCGAGUAAAAGAGGAACCAGAUGAGAAAAACUUGGACCGAAGCAGUUACAGGGAGAGACAUGAAGGGAGAAAUGAGCACAGGGGAGACAUGGAGAGGGAGACAGAGGGUGUAAGUGUAGAUGGAGAGGAGGUGGGUGAAGAGUGGAGAGAAGUAGAUAAGGGAGUGAAGGAACACAUGUCUGAUCGCGAUGGAGGGAUAAAGGGAGAGAACAUGAGAGAUAACACAGAGGAGAGUGACAGAGAGGAAGAGGGUGGAAGGGGUUAUUUUGACCGCUCUGAGAGUGAAGGAGGAAGUGAGAAAGGGUGGAGUCAAGAGAGACACCGAAUGCUGUCAGGAGAGGACGGUUUCGUGACCGUGUCCAGCAGUGGAGACGAGGAGGACGGAAGAGAGGAAGAGGAGUUUGAGGACUGUCAGGAAUUCUGGGAGGGUGCAUAUAAUGGCCGCUCACCUGUUGACGUCAAGGGGUGCGAGGGAGACGAGGAGAGGGGAAUGGGAAAGGAGGAGGCAGUUGAUGAGAAGGAGAGGGAGAAGAAGCCCAAGUACCUCUUCUGUGUGAUUGGGCAAACGUUGCCCCGGUCAAAACACAAAGAGACGUCACUGUCACAAGUUGAUCACAUGGAAGGUGUUGAAAGAGACAACCCAAACGCAGAAAGUCCUAAUCAUUGCAGCGAUGAGGCCACACAGCAACCUCAUGAUGACCGUCAUCCGACACUGAGGAGAAAUGAUGAACGCCCAAUCAUCAACUUCAAGAACACAAAGAGCAGGAGCGAGGGCGACACGCCAAGGGACGAAAGGCCAGCCACAGGAGAAACAACUGAACACGAUGUCAGAUACAGAGCCUCGUCAGUGGGAAUGAGGAGCAAAGUUGAGCCCCCGUACGCCGAAAUAGGGACGAUUAAAAGAGACUCAAAGACUGAAAAACUUCUCAUAGAGUGGAGAGAGAAAAAUAGAGACGGUGUGGAAGAAGAGAGGGAUCAGACUUUGCCGCUCCCGAGUAAUCCCUAUGGUGAUGUUUGCUCUCAGGUAAAUUUGGAACAGAUUCAACCCAUCUUGGAGGGAAUUAACACCACAGCAAUGAGUCCAGAAGAGGUGGAGGCCAUUCGGAUUCGAAUGAGCGGGGCAUGGAGCAUGUCUGAAGAGCCCAAGCGGCAUUCCCAAGCCCCCCACCUCAAAUGGGCCAAAGAUGUAGUGCGGGAGAUCCUGGGCCGCUCAGAGGAACAUAUUGUUGAUGAGCCUAAUGCAGAUGAUGGAGGAAACCAAGGGGUCGACCAGUGCAAGACAGAGAUUAAGAGCGACAAACAACAGGAGGAGGAGGCUGCACAGGUGACUGUAAAGGUGCCUGUUGUUAUGUUGGGAACUGACGAACUGCACUCAGAGCCAGAGCUGGAGGAGGAAGAGCCGUUGGAGGUGGAGGGACUGAGAGGUAUGGGGCAGAGCCAAAAUGACAUGCAUGCUGACCAGUUCACUGCUAUGCAUGGUGGUGACACACCUACAUACACUCAUGCUGACACACUGUUAGACACAGAAGGGAAGGAGGAUCACAGUUUGGAGAAAGAAUCCGAAACGUCUGGUCACCUUCAGUUAGAAGAGGCGGCUGUAGAGGAGAAACUUAGCGAAGAGGUGGGUGAUGAGGCUAAAUUAUCAGAAAUGGAAAAAGAAGCAAGAAGGGAGAAGGAGGUUGAGAUGUAUUUAUCUGUGAGCAACACGCUGUACAAGCCAAACAGCUGCCCCAUUCUUAAUUAUGAGUCAGAGUCUGACCUCCUCGUUCCCUCCAGAGGGGGAGAGGGUGGCCAGGAGCUGGAAGACACAAUGGGUGGGAGUGAAGAGGAGAGGCAGGGAGAGGAAGCUGAGGAGAGGGGUACUGUAGAGGAGGUGGGAGAGGGAGAGGUGUUCACAGAAAAGAAAAUAGCAGGGGGGACUCUGUCGAACAGCUGCAGUUUCCGAGAUUUGGCUCGCUUUCGAAGAAGGGGAAUCCGUAAAACCACUGAAAGAAGGAAUGGAGAGCUUGUAGAAGCUGAAGAAGAAGGAGAAGGAGAAGGAGAAGGAAGUGGUGGAAGGGAUCGCAGAACCAGAAUAUUCUCUACAACAGAUGAUGAGGAUGAUCGAAGCAAAAGCUGGGGAGAAGUAGAGCUGAGGAAUGUUUUGGACACAAUCGACAGACGGAAAAGGAAUUCAAGGUUUUUCAAUGCUGCCCAGCUCUACCAGCAGUACAACGAGGCCGCCCAGAACUUUGAGAUCCUGCGUCAGGCUCGCUCCGAUGCCAUCUCAGUGUGUGAGGACACUGUCCGGUCUCCUGCUCCCUCACCCCCUCCUGCACGCAGACCUCUUCCUCCCCUCCCUCCUGUCCCGCACCCUCACUCCUUGUCCCACACGGGCUCCGUCACCAGUGCCAAAAGCUUGCCUCUCCCUGAGCCACCCAAGAGUGAAGGCAGGCCUUCCUCCCCACGUCUGUCUGUCUCUCUCUCACACUCUCUGUGGCGGGAGCUGCCGGGGGUGAGGAACAGUGCUGAGCUGGAGGAGCUCACAGAGGACCAGAGACGACUUCAGGAGGUGAGAUUUGAGGUCGUAACCUCAGAAGCCUCCUACUGCCGGAGUUUGGACAUUGUUGUGGAACACUUUGUGAAGUGCAAACAGCUGGGGGCGCUGUUGACUACUCAGGAUAGGAACUGGCUGUUCUCGCGGCUUGCAGAUGUUCGUGCCAUCAGCAACAGUUUUUUAUCAAAGUUGGAGGAACGGGUGGAAACUGACAUCAUAAACUUCACCGUGUGUGAUAUCAUCGCUCGGCACUGUCAGCGCUUCAAAAUGGUUUAUGUCCCCUACCUCACCAACCAGUCCUAUCAGGACGCCACCUACCAGAGACUCAUGAAUGAGAAUCAAGGAUUCAGGCGGGUUGUGGAGAAAAUAGAGAGGAGUCCUGUUUGUCAGAGGCUUCCUCUCCGUUCAUUCCUCGUCCUUCCCUUCCAGAGGAUCACAAGAAUUAAGCUGCUGGUCCAGAACAUUGUAAAGAGAACAACACCUGGUACUGAAGAGGCGACUCAAGCCAUCAAAUCUUUAAAACUUCUGGAAAAGCUGAUUAAAGAGAGUAACGACAGCAUCACUCAGAUGAAAAGCAUCGAGUCACUGGUCUCUCUCAGUGCUAAGGUGGACUUUGAAUGCAGGACUCUUCCUCUGAUCAGUCAGUCUCGGAGGCUGGUGCGGGAAGGGCCAAUCACCGAGCUGAUGGAUUUCUCUCUAAAGGAGACGGAGAGGAAUGUUUAUUUGCACCUAUUCAAUGACUACUUGCUACUUUCACUACAAAAAGAAGGGGGAAGGUUCACAGUAAUAGACCAUUCUCCUGUAUCAGACCUGCGUGCCGAGAACUGUCGUGUCAAACUCCACUCCCUGCAGAAGAACCUGUUCCGGCUGCACAUGACACACAGAGCCCUGCUGCUACGGACCGACACACAGAGUGAUAAGCUACGUUGGAUAUCUGCUCUUUCUCGGCCUCAUCCUGAAAUAGAUUUUUCUGCUGCACAAGAUUUUAAACAGAUGCAGUGUAUCCGAGCUAUUGUUUCCCAGCAGCCUGAUGAGCUGUCGUUGGAAAAAGCUGAUAUCAUUUUAGUGCACCAACAAAGCAGUGACCAUUGGGUAGAGGGGACCAGACUUUCUGAUCGGCAUCGUGGGUGGGUGCCCGAGUCCCAUUUGGAAACGAUAACCAACUCGAGAGUCCAGCAACGCAACCUGGAAGAUGCCCUCAAACUGACAACUGCCACAGCUGCUGUUUGACCGGCUGCUCCGACUAAAUAAAGAGGAGUCCUGGAUGAACCGUAAAGAUUAAAACUCUGUUAUCUGCUACAAACUGCUGGAAACUGGACUAUGGACAUUAAGUGCCCCAAAUGGGGCAUAAAAUAAAUUUCACAACAGUGCAGCAACUGAGAAACUGUAGGAAUGCAUCUCAAUGUAGCAUUGGGUGUCACUUGUUUCACCCGGUGGUACGAUAUAUUGCUGUUAAAGCAAUCUGUGAACUGCUGAGGCCUGCCUAAAAGACAUUAAGGACAUUGUGACUCUAUUAAGUGUUAUCUACAGUACAUUACAAUCAUUGAGUGUGCUGUAUUACAUAAACUGUUGUUAUAAGUGAAAAUGUUUUUAAAGGGAAAUCGCUUUUUUUCCCAAACAAUUCUGUGCUUGGAAAAUGUUUAUUAUUUGUGUAUACUGGAGAAAGUCUAACAGUGUAUGGUGCAGGUCUAUUGUAAAGUUGGCCCUACAGAGCUGAAAUAAAUCAUGCAAAAUAUAAAAAGAAAAUUCAAAGAUGUACAGAGACAGUGAAGACAUUUCAAUAAAUUCAGAUUG